CGACUCCUUCGCAAUCGUAAUGUGCUUCGUUCCGUUUCGGCGAAAGCGAAACGUCGCCUGGCCAAUGUUAGAGCGGAUGGGGCUGGGCUGAGUGUUACCAAGAGGGUUUGACAGAAAAAUACACCACAAUAGUAGAGCGGGACGCUUGCGAUGGUCUGUGUGUACGUCAGUUUUUGUACUUUCUUUGUGAAACGCGAGUGCAGCGGCUGUGAGUGACAAAAUAAAACACCUUUUCCACUGUAACGCCUGGCUGCAAGUGUUGAGAAAGUCGUUUUCACACCCGGCGUUGCUCGCCACAACACUCCUCUUCACUAAUGUCCUAUUCUCACAAAUGGAAAAGGGGCUUCUGCUGGGAAACGCGAGCCUUUCUCUUGUGCUCCUGUUGCUGCUGAAAGCGCUCACGGGAACCUCCGGCAGCUCGGCCAGCAGCAGGGGAGCGCACGCCGCCGCCGCGCUGGGCUCCGAGACGCUCGAAGAUGGUGCUAGUGUUAUGGAGCGGGGACUGGAAAGCGUUGGCGCCCCAGUGGCCGGAGAUGUGACCGUGGAGGACGAUGAGAACAGCCCGGCGGCAGGGGAGGAGGACGGCUCGGCGGGGGACGGUUACACGGAGGGCCGGCUCAAAAGGUCCUUGGUGAUCAUCAGCACACUGGACGGGCGCAUCUCUGCCUUGGAUCCUAAUGAUCAGGGCCGCAAGCUGUGGGACCUGGACGUGGGUUCCGGCUGCUUGGUGUCCUCCAGCCUCAGCAAACCUGAGGUGUUCGGGAACAAGAUGAUCAUCCCAUCGCUGGACGGGGCACUGUUCCAAUGGGACCGCGACAGGGAGAGCAUGGAGUCUGUGCCUUUUAGCGUGGAGUCGCUGCUGGAGUCAUCCUACCGCAUCCGGGAGGACACAGUGCUUGUGGGGGGCAAGUCCCUAACCACCUAUGGCCUGGGAGCCUACAGCGGCAAGCUGCGCUACAUCUGUUCAGCGGUGGGCUGCAGCCAUUGGGAUGAGGCGGACAUGGAACCAGAGGAUGUGCUGCUCCUCCAGAGGACCCAGAAGACCGUCCGUGCUGUUCGUCCCCGCAGCGGCAGCGAAAAGUGGAACUUCAGCGUGGGCCACUUUGAGCUAAAAUUUGUCCCCGAGACACAGCCCGGACUUAACUUCCUGGAGGGGGAACCGCCCGGUGGGGGAGGGGUGGGGCGUGAAGGCCAGCGCGAGAGCCAGCAGGUCAUCCAUGAGGAAGAGGAGGAGCCCAGAGCUGAGACGCGUGAUCUGGUGAUUAAGGUGUCUGUUCCAGACUGGAAGGUGAUGGCCUUCAACAACAAGCCAGGCGGGGAGCUAGCUUGGGAGCACCAGUUUUGCACCCCGAUCGCGUCAGCGUGGCUAGUGCAGGGAGGGAGGGUCACCCCCAUCAGCCUGUUUGACGACACCUCCUACACCACACGUCCAGACUCUUUGCCCGAGGAGGACGAGGAGAUUGUGGAGGAAGCUCGUGGAGCCACAGAGUCCAGUGUCUACCUUGGUAUGUUUCAGGGACAGUUGUAUCUCCAGUCUUCUGUGCGGAUCUCAGACAAGUUCUCCACCAGGCCCAAGGCCCUAGACGCCCGCGGCUCGAAGAGCAUAAUCUCCUUGCCCACAGUCAAAUGGAAGCCCCUAAUCCAUUCUCCGUCUCGAACGCCGGUCCUUGUCGGCUCGGAGGAGUUCGACAAGUGUCUGAACAAUGACAAGUUCUCACAUGAGGAGUACAGCAACGGGGCGCUGUCUGUGCUGCAGUACCCUUACGACAAUGGGUACUACUUCCCCUACAGCAGUCGUUACCGCGGGCGGCGGGAAACUGCCGUCAGCCUGCUGCAGGGUCCCGGGGCACAGACGGAGCUGCGCAGGAAGGACCCCGUGCUACUGCUGCCCUGGUGGAAGGAGAUCCUUGGCACCAUCGUGUUUUGCAUCGCCGCCACCACCUACAUUGUUCGCAAGUUCUUCCACCCAACGGCCACCAGCGUACGGCAAAGGAAGGAGUCUGAGACACAGUGUCAGACGGACAGCAAGCUGGAGCUGGAGCUGGAAGACCCCAAGGAAGUGACCGUCAUGGACGGCAGAAACACGGAAUACGUGUCCAGGUACCUGACAGAUUUCCACCCUGUCCAGUGUCUGGGCCGCGGGGGGUUCGGUGUCGUCUUUGAGGCCCGCAACAAAGUGGAUGACUGCAACUAUGCCAUCAAGAGGAUCCGCCUGCCAAAUAGCGAGCUGGCACGGGAAAAGGUGAUGCGUGAAGUGAAGGCCCUGGCGAAGCUGGAGCACCCAGGAAUCAUCCGGUACUUCAACGCCUGGCAGGAGAGUCCUCCGGAAGGCUGGCAGGAAGAGAUGGAUCAGCGCUGGCUAAAGGAGACCAGUGCCACAGAUUGGCUGCUGAGCUCCCCCGACCACAUGGAGGUGCUGUCCGUGAAGGUUCCGGUCUCCAAGCCUUCGGAGUCCUCUGCAGAAGGUGUGGUGGGCGGAAGAAAGAACCCAGCAGGCCUGUACCCAUUCCCCCGGGACCUAUUAUCUAGCACAGAGGCCAUGAUGUGGGGCACCAAGGUUCCCAGCAUGCCGUCCGGUGGCGCACCGAUCCAGGAUUUGCUGAGUUUCCUUUCGGAUGGUAACAGCCAGGUGGAGCCCGAGGGCUCAGACUCACCCCACUCCUUCGAGCUGUGCCCUCCCCACGUCUCUGGAGAUCGUACCUCAUCCUCGUUUGACAUCGUGUUUGAAGACUCGGGCUGCGAUCGUACCCCGGAGCCAGCGGAGACGAGCAGCCGCAGCUCCCUGACCAAGCGCGUCGGCUCUGCGUCUCGAUCCCAGGGAUCCGCCCACUCCUCCUCGCAGCCUCGGCCAAACUCGCUAAGCCUGGACCUGUGCCGCUCAGCCGCUUCCCCGAGCACCCAGCGGCCCCGCCCUCUGGCCUCGCCCAAGGUCUACCUAUACAUUCAAAUGCAGCUGUGCCGCAAGGAGAACCUGAAGGACUGGAUGGCGCAGCGAUGCCUUCCCGAGCAGCGGGACCGCACCGAGUGUCUGCUUAUCUUCCUGCAGAUCGCCGAAGCCGUCAGCUUCCUGCACGGCAAGGGCCUCAUGCACAGGGACCUCAAGCCCUCCAACAUUUUCUUCACGCUGGACGACGUGGUGAAAGUUGGUGAUUUCGGCCUGGUGACUGCCAUGGACCAGGAGGAGGAAGAGGAGAUUGAGGAACUCAGCAUUCCCCUACCAGUCUACGCACGACACACGGGUCAAGUGGGGACCAAGCUCUACAUGAGCCCUGAGCAGCUGCUGGGUCAGUCCUACUCCCACAAGGUGGAUGUUUACUCCCUGGGCCUCAUCCUCUUCGAGCUGCUGUGUCCCUUCAAGACCCAGAUGGAACGGGUGGAGACACUGACCAAAGUGAGGGACAUGGAGUUUCCCACUUCUUUUUCCCAGAACAAUGUGCAGGAGCUGGGCAUGGUGCGCAGCAUGCUGUCUUUGUGUCCCAGCGAGCGCCCAGAGGUUGCCGACAUCACGGAGACGCCCCUCUUCCAGGAGCUGGAGGUGCCGUGCAGGCUGGCAGUGAGACAGCGCUCCCGCACCUACAGCUCGUCCUCCACAGGACGCCCCGCCCGCCAGGCGAGCACCUGAGCUCCAGCCACGGCGUUGUUCCUCCCUCCCUCUGGGUGCGUCGCUCUGACUCGGUGAGCUGCGCACUUCUGGUUUGGGAGAGCGCACAUACUUAACACAUGAUUUUUAACGCAUCCCAUCUCAACUUGGACCCUGCUGCUUUUGUGGACACAGAGGCUCCUCCCAGCUCCGUCAGCCACACUGGACCUGGACCUCCCGCUUGAAUUCCUGUAGUGCCAGAGCCACUGCGCUUCGCUCACGUGCAGACUUUUGUCCUCCUGGCGGUCGAGGCCACUCCGCGACCUGGAGAUGCUGUCAUGGGGCAAUUCGUGUACAGAAAGUCCUGCUUCACCAGAACCGCCUUGUACACGGAGACUGGGCUCCACAGGCUCCUCCCACAUGAACGACUAACCUUCUGCAUGGCUGUGCAAACACUGGAAGAGCAUGUUUUCUUGCUCUUGACAUAACACCCCCCCACCACAAUGUUUUCAGCAGGAGGUCAUCCUGCCGCACAUUUCCGCCCCCUGCUUGUAAAGACAAAGACUGAUUGAGGAAAGAAGCCUCACUUCCUGCACCCCC